CACUCUUUGCACAUUUUCCCUGCCGCAAUGGGUGGGGUCCUAGAAAAACCAAACACCAAGAAGUGCUCUGAGAGUGGUUUCGAAUGCGGUCCUUUGCGACUUACCUGGGUUGCCUCAGCCAUGCAGGGCUGGCGAGUGAGCAUGGAAGACGCCCACAUUGCCCUGCCUGUGACUCUGCCCCGGCGACCCAGCAGCUCUGCACCCUGGACACAGACGGCGUUAUUUGGCGUGCUGGAUGGUCAUGGCGGAGCACAGGUCGCCAGGUUCAGCAGUGACCAUUUGCCGGAGGAGCUGCGCAAGUUUCCCUUGGACAGUGGAGCUGCUGCAAGCAUCCACAAACAGAAUGAACAGAUGGAGAAGGCUCUCAGAGGUGCAUUCCACAAGAUUGACGACCUCUUAAGAAGUGGUCACUUUGCUGCGGAGGUUUCCUCCUUGACCAACCAACCGCGAGACAGGAUCGCACCGUCACCCCGGAAUGGUGAUGCUACCAUGGUGGGAUGCACUGCCUGCGUUUGCUGUGUGACCAGCACGCAAAUUGUCACGGCAAACGCUGGAGACAGUCGGGCAGUGCUGUGUAGCGCUGGCAAGGCCGUCGCUUUGAGCGAGGAUCACAAGCCCAAUGCGCCAAGGGAAAAGCAACGAAUUGAAGCUGCUGGCGGGUGGGUUGAGAACAGUGGGCCAAACCAAUAUCGAGUCAAUGGCAACCUCAAUUUGUCUCGAGCUUUGGGAGACCUAGAGUACAAGAAGGACACCUCCAGACCUCCUGAAGAGCAGAUUAUUUGCUCCACACCAGAUGUGACCUUCAGGGACAGAGACCACGAGAAUGACGAGUUUCUGAUCAUUUGUUGCGAUGGGGUUUGGGACGUGAAGACCAACCAGCAGGUUGUUGAUUUCAUCCGCCAUCGGUUGCCUUCACGUUCAGACGAGAGGGCCUUGGAGCAAGUUCUUGAAGAUCUUCUGGAUGCUUGCGUCUCUCCAGAUCUUCGUGAGACUGGUGGCUUGGGUGGCGACAACAUGACUGCUGUCUUGGUUGUGCUCAGAAGCCUUGAGGCACCUGACGCGCCAUCUGAGUCAGACAGCAGGCCCUCUCUUGCCAAAGUGCAAUUACUAGCAGAGAGAUCGGGACAACGGCACCGUGUCGCAAAGGCGUCCCAAGACACAAAAGGCUGGCUGCAGGUGCGGUUAAGGGUACCCGGCGGCACCUCUUUGAACGACCUCAACUUGUUUGUAUCGGAGGAGAAAGCACAGCUACAACUGGUGGUCCGCGAGGGUGCAGGGGACCAAGCAAGCUUGUUCGAGCUGAAGGAACACUUACCACAGGCUGCACGGCUGCAAAGCAUCACGCCUGCACGCUUCGUGGCCAGCUCUGGCCAUUUGAGGCUUGAGCUUUCCUGGACGGCCUAGGGGUGAAACUGCUCCCAGAAAGG